AUGAAACUCGAAAAGACAUUUAGUCUCGAUGUGGGAUACCCCAUCUACGGGGCCAAGUUCUUGAACGACAACCUUUUGUUGGUCACCGGCGGCGGCGGCGAGGGCAGCAACGGCAUUCCCAAUAAGCUCACCGCCAUCCGUGUCAACUUUGACAAGCCCAAAGUCUUGAAAAAGUACCGUGAGAUUCAAUUUCCCGACCACGAGGAUUCGCCGAUGAGUAUUGAUGCUACAAACGAUGUAGUCCUCGUGGGCGUCAACCAGUCGAGCGCCAGCAUUGCCGCAGGGGUCAACAAGCACCUCAAGAAGUUCACCUUCAAAGAUGCCCACUUGCAGUUCGUUGAAGAAGCCCAAAUCUACACGAGCAGAGAUGUUGGCGUCUACCAAAAGUGCACGUACCUCUCGCCCGAUGCAUCUUCGGCAGCCAUCUCCACCUCUGCCGAAAAGGGGAUCAUCUAUCUCCUCAGUAACAGGGGAAGGGCCUUGGAAUUGGAACACGAGGUUGACACUGGUGGCGAUGUCAAGGAUAUGCACUUCAGUCCAGACGGGAAGGCGUUGGCAUACGUUACGGCUAACUCCUUGGAAAUUGUCUCGCCCAUCACCGGAAACUCCAUCAUGCGCAUCCCCGAGUUCAAGGACUGGGCCUUGUCCAAGAUCCGGUUCAUUGACAACGAUCGGAUUGUGAUCGGCGCAGCGUUGAAGAAAGGUGAAGGUAUCGUGGUGGCACACAUCUCUGUGCCCAAAAAGAAGGUUCUCAAGUCCCGCGUGGUAUCUAAGAAGAUCAAGGGCAUCACCUCUAUGGACUAUGCUGAGGGUCUUGUGGCGCUUGCUGGGAGUGACUCCUCUGUCACACUAUUGAAAGUGGAGGAAUUGCAGAGCGUUCAUGUUUUCCCGAAGGUGCACAAUUUUGCCAUCACCCGCGUCGCCUUUUCGCCAAGUGGCAAAUAUUUGGUCAGUACCUCUGCAGCAAAAACUGUGCAGAUCGUAGAGUUGCCAAAAGGUAUCUCUACGUCGGUAUCAAUCAUCUGGCGUAUCCUCAACGCCAUAUACAACUUUGCGUUUAUCGCGUUAUUGGCGGUCGUCGUGCAGUACAUUUAUGCCAAUGGCCACUAUGAACCGGUAAUCGAGUACUUGAAGAAGAAU